AUGGACUACCUGCACAUGGUACCUGCAGAGCUAUGGCAUGCAUGCUGGAGCUUCUCCGACCCGCAAAUGCUUUGCGCGAUCAGCCUCACGUGCAAAAUCUUUUGCGACAUUGCUCAGCUGUUGUUAUUUCGCGACCUUGAAGUCGUCGUCCCGCAUGGCGGUCCGUCAACCGCGUCGAUGGCCCCCUUCAGAGACCUGUUGUCUCACCCGCGGCUGCCUUUGCUUGCACGCUCGUUUCGCUUUGAUUGGCAAAGCAGAAUAUCCGCCACGCGGGAGCAUACCAUGGCGUCGGUGCAGUAUCAGCUCGUCAUAGAGAGCUUAACACUGUUCCAAAAUCUAAUUCUCCUCCAUAUCGAUUCCGUCAUUGGGGACGACACCCUUGCCGGGCACUUGCGACGGGCUAUCGACUCCCUCCCUCGCCUCCGCAAAUUGGAGAUUGUGAAUUGUACAUUGAAUAAUGGGGAUAUACUUUCCCUCGACCAGUGCAAUAUCACCAUGGAUCGCUACCUCCAGCCAUCCGCAAUCUUCGAGGGAAUGAAUCUGGUCGAUGCAUCGACUAUCUCAGAGCUAGCUCUUCGAGGAGACCAGUUUAAUGCUCAAGACAUCAUUCAGAGCUUACUGGAACAGCUGCCAACUCUUCCGAGGCUUUUAGUUCUGAAGUUGGACCUCUCCAGGCGAUUAUCAGGUCCACUUAUAAGCGGACUAUUGAAGCGCACCCCAUAUGUUCGAAAGCUGUGCUUACGGUGCCUUCCACGGGUGAAUCUGCCUGAAUUCUUUGCUGUAUUACUCGAGAAGCGCGCUCCAGUAGACUGGCCCCGAUACAACCAAAACAUAGCCCUGGAACCUGUCGACUUGAUCGACCUGCGCGACCUCCGAUGUCCCGCCGAACUAGCCACCUCCAUCCUCCCCGGGCGGCCGAUCCAAUCUCUCACAAUUUAUCAACCGCUCCUACCCCAACCUAGUUCUGCGACCCAUACUGUGAAUAUACCUUUUGCGGUAUCGAUCUUGCACUUACCCGCAAUGCGAUGCCAAACCCUGCACUCCUUCCGGAUAAAACAGUCCUUGAGCUUCCCACAGUUUUCGGAGACACUGGAAGCCGCACAAUUGGCCUUCCCGCAGCUGCAGCACUUGCGUCUGGCGCUAGAUGCUGGAGUCAGCGCCGAAUCGUUGCUCGAGCGCGUAUUAGCACAUGAGUUCUUGCUUCCGCGACAACUCCGCACGCUCAGGAUCUCACUUCCCGGACUCCGUGCUACGCCGAGCGAGCGACAUCCAGAUUUUGUCAAGCAGAUUGCCGUUGAUUUGGCGCGCCAACAGGGGAGUGGGGCAUUGUCCUUUGUAGCGUUAGAGGGUAGUGGUAUCCAGCUGAAUUAUUCGCUGCGCAAAGGAGAGGCUGAGUAG